GCGCACUGACACCGAGAGAGGCAUACACACACACACCCACAUACACACACUACACAGUACACACACACACACACACACACACACACACAGCGCGCGCGCGGACUCGAGGGUACCACACGACACGACGGACCACGGACCUAGCGUGUCGCCGCGUCACGAGCUCCGUGCAACGAGGAGAGUGUGAGUGAGUGCGUGAGAGAGGGUGGGAGUAGGAGCCGGAGCGCGGGUAAGAGAAGAGGAAACGCAUCGAGGAACAAGGAUGCGGUCGUGGCGAAGAAUCGCGGCCUGCUGCCCGCCGACCGAACGUCCUGCGAGACGCACGGUCAGUCCUUGAAGGACACCACAGACCGCGGUUUUCGUCUCCUUUCGAAGGAUGGACUGCUGCUGCCGCUGUUACUCUCGAAACGGCGAGUUGUACGCGAGACGACGAGCAGCACCGCUCGGUUCAUACACGGCGACGAUAUUGGUUAUGAACGUGAUUGCUCCACUUCGUCGAGGCGCUUCGCCACGGUCAGCGCACGAUUAUGCAGCUGAAGAAAGCGAUGCUUAAGAUAUUCGAUCAAUGCCUGCACUUGCGGAGCAUCGAGGAGCCGAGGAUGACGGCGGAGACGGCAGCUCCUUGUGUACAGGGGGUGCAAGGAGUGCAGAGCGUUAUGGCGGGUCAGGGCACGCUGCAACAGGUGCAAGAUGGAAAGUCCACGGGUGGCGGUUACUACUCCUCGACCUCAGCCAUGUACGAUCCGGAAUACGCCCGCAUGGAGGCCUGGCUCGACGAACAUCCUGAUUUCGUCAACGAUUACUUUCUCAGAAAAGUGACGAGACAGACCGUGGACAUGUGGCUGGUCUCGCAUGCUACGCCGACAUCUUCGUCGAGCAGCUGCGCGGAGCUGUCCAGUCCUAUCCAUGCGGGUGGUGGUGGUGGUACAUCGUCCUCCGGUCGUGGUGGUUCUGGCGGAUCAGGUGCCACCACGCCGGUACGCAAGAUCUCCGCCCACGAGUUCGAACGUGGCGGUCUACUGAAACCGAUCGUCAACACGAUCGACGGCACGCCGACAUUCCUGAGCGUCACACCUGGGGACUCUGGCCAGCCAGGAAGUCAGCCAGUCGGUUCCGGAAACUCGGGCAGGCCCCAGAGACGAUCGAGGCACGAACUGAGGCAUCUGGACGAGAAGGAUCUCAUUUUCGAACUGGUCAAGGAUAUCUGUAACGAGCUGGACGUGAGAUCCUUAUGCCACAAAAUCCUGCAGAACGUGAGCACCCUGUUACACGCGGAUCGGGGCUCCCUGUUUCUCGUACAGGGGGAGAGAGGCGGGGGUUGCAUGCCCUCCUCGCAGAAUCACGUCUCGACGUCGGGGAAUCCAGCCGGCGGCGUUAGUCCAGGGAAAACCGGGAACGGGAACCCGGAGCAACGCGAAACAGGAUACUCCAGGAGCAGAUGUUUAGUCUCGAAGCUGUUCGACGUGUGCUCGCGCUCGACGUUGCUCGAGAUGGAGAAAAAGGACGAGAUCAAAAUUCCCUGGGGCACCGGGAUUGUCGGUUACGUGGCCGAAAGCGGAGAACCUGUUAACAUACCGGAUGCUUACAAGGAUGCAAGGUUCAAUCGUGAAAUCGACGCAUUAACGGGGUACAGAACCAGGGCCCUUUUGUGCAUGCCGAUAAAGGAUUGCAACGGAGAUGUGAUUGGGGUUGCGCAAGUGAUCAACAAGCUCGGCGGCGAAGGACAGUUCACCGCGCAAGAUGAGAAGGUUUUUGCUGGUUAUUUGCAGUUCUGCGGGAUCGGGCUGAGGAAUGCGCAACUCUAUGAAAAAAGUCAAUUAGAAGUAAAAAGAAACCAGGUUCUUCUGGAUUUAGCCAGAAUGAUUUUCGAAGAGCAGAGUACAAUAGAACACAUGGUACUGAGGAUUUUAACGCACACUCAAUCCCUGAUACAGUGUCAGCGAGUACAGGUUCUGUUGGUGCACAAGGCCUCGAAGGGCAGUUUCUCACGAGUGUUCGACUUCGAGGCGAACGAUCUGGCCGGCGAGGAUUCAGAUUCUCGCACUAGUCCGUUCGAGAGCCGAUUCCCUAUAAACGUCGGCAUCACUGGCUACGUCGCGACCACCGGUGAGACGGUGAACAUACUACACGCCUACGAUGAUUCAAGAUUCGACCCCUCUGUAGAUGAUGGUACUGGUUUCAAACAUCGCACCAUUCUCUGCAUGCCCAUCAAGAACUCGUCGGGUCAGAUAAUCGGCGUCAUUCAACUGAUCAACAAGUUCGAUGACCUGGCGUUCACGAAGAAUGAUGAGAAUUUUGUCGAGGCGUUCGCCAUAUUUUGCGGCAUGGGCAUUCAUAAUACGCACAUGUAUGAAAAGGCUGUGAUAGCGAUGGCCAAACAAAGCGUCACAUUAGAAGUGUUGAGUUACCACGCUUCUGCGUCAUUGGAAGAUGCACAAAGAUUAAGGGGCUUAAGAGUGCCGUCUGCAGCACAUUUUCAGCUGCACGAUUUCAAAUUCGACGACAUUUACAUGGAAGACGACCAAACGUUAACUGCGUGUCUUCGAAUGUUCUUGGACCUUGACUUCGUCGAACGUUUUCAUAUUGAUUAUGACGUUUUGUGCCGCUGGCUACUCAGCGUUAAGAAAAAUUAUCGGAAUGUCACGUACCAUAAUUGGCGCCAUGCGUUCAACGUCGCCCAAAUGAUGUUCGCAAUUUUAACCGCUACCCAAUGGUGGAAAAUCUUUGGGGAAAUCGAGUGUCUUGCUUUAAUCAUUGCUUGCUUGUGUCACGAUUUGGAUCAUCGGGGCACAAAUAAUUCCUUCCAAAUCAAAGCAUCAUCGCCCUUGGCACAGCUGUAUUCGACGUCAACAAUGGAGCACCAUCAUUUCGAUCAAUGCCUGAUGAUUCUGAGCAGUCAGGGGAAUCAGAUUUUAUCAAAUCUAUCCCCCGAAGAAUAUUCUCGCGUGGUAAAGGUUCUCGAAGAAGCGAUCCUCUCUACCGACUUAGCGGUCUACUUCAGAAAGAGGGGAGCUUUUCUCAGCUUAGCGCGAGGCGGUAGCUACAAUUGGGCUUUCAGCGACCAUCGGGAACUACUAAGAGGAAUGUUAAUGACCGUCUGUGAUUUAGCGGCUAUAACGAAACCUUGGGACGUCGAGAAAAGGGUGGCGGAACUAGUUAGCAGCGAAUUCUUUGAACAAGGCGAUAUUGAAAGGCGGACCCUUAAUAUUACCCCUAUUGACAUUAUGAACAGAGAAAAGGAAGAUCAGCUACCUAUGAUGCAAGUUGGUUUCAUCGAUUCGAUCUGCCUUCCCAUUUACGAGGCAUUCGCUUUAUUAUCAGAUAAAUUGGAACCAUUAGUCGACGGCGUGAGGAAGAAUAAGCAGCACUGGCUCGCGAUCGCGGAGUCGUCGAGGUGCAAGACGGAUAAUUGCACGAAUCACGACAGGAUGCCGUCGAUGUCCGAUAACGAGGAAGCCAGUGAGCAGGCGGACCAAUAGUCAUUAUCACAAA